UCCGGCCGCCCGACCAGCCAUGUCUUUAAGCGGAGCCUCCGAGCGCAGCGUCCCGGCCACCAAGAUUGAAAUCACCGUGUCCUGCCGAAACCUGCUGGACCUCGACACCUUCUCCAAGUCCGACCCCAUGGUGGUGCUUUACACGCAGAGCCGGGCCAGCCAGGAGUGGCGGGAGUUCGGACGGACCGAGGUGAUCGACAACACACUGAACCCAGACUUCGUGCGCAAAUUCGUCCUCGACUACUUCUUUGAGGAAAAGCAAAACCUGCGCUUCGAUGUGUACAACGUCGACUCCAAAACCAACAUCUCCAAACCGGAUUUCCUGGGCCAAGCGUUCCUGGCCCUGGGAGAGGUCAUCGGAGGCCAGGGCAGCCGAGUUGAGCGACCCCUCACGGGUGUACCAGGCAAGAAGUGUGGGACCAUAUUGCUGACUGCAGAGGAGCUUAGCAAUUGUCGGGAUAUUGCCACCAUGCAGCUGUGUGCAAACAAACUGGACAAGAAGGACUUCUUUGGGAAAUCAGACCCCUUCCUCGUGUUCUACAGGAGCAAUGAGGAUGGCACGUUCACCAUCUGCCACAAGACAGAGGUUGUGAAAAACACACUGAAUCCUGUAUGGCAGCCCUUCAGCAUCCCUGUGCGGGCCUUGUGCAAUGGAGACUAUGACAGAACGGUGAAGAUUGACGUGUACGACUGGGACCGGGAUGGAAGCCACGACUUCAUCGGUGAGUUCACCACCAGCUACCGAGAGCUGAGCAAGGCCCAGAACCAGUUCACCGUGUAUGAGGUACUUAACCCUCGGAAGAAAUGUAAGAAGAAGAAAUACGUCAACUCGGGAACCGUGACGCUGCUCUCCUUUUCUGUGGACUCUGAGUUCACUUUUGUCGAUUACAUCAAGGGAGGGACACAGUUGAACUUCACAGUAGCCAUUGACUUCACAGCUUCUAAUGGGAAUCCCCUGCAGCCCACCUCCCUGCACUACAUGAGUCCUUAUCAGCUCAGCGCCUAUGCCAUGGCCCUCAAGGCAGUGGGAGAAAUCAUCCAGGACUAUGACAGUGACAAGCUCUUCCCAGCUUACGGCUUUGGCGCCAAGCUCCCUCCAGAGGGACGGAUCUCCCACCAGUUCCCCCUGAACAACAAUGAUGAGGACCCCAACUGCGCGGGCAUCGAGGGCGUGUUGGAGAGCUACUUCCAGAGCCUGCGCACAGUGCAGCUCUACGGGCCCACCUACUUCGCCCCUGUCAUCAACCAGGUGGCCAGGGCUGCAGCCAAGAUCUCUGAUGGUUCCCAGUACUAUGUUCUGCUCAUCAUAACUGAUGGGGUCAUCUCGGACAUGACACAGACGAAGGAGGCCAUCGUCAGUGCCUCAUCACUGCCCAUGUCUAUCAUUAUUGUCGGUGUGGGACCGGCCAUGUUUGAAGCUAUGGAAGAGCUGGACGGUGAUGAUGUGCGCGUGUCCUCUAGGGGACGCUAUGCCGAGCGCGACAUCGUUCAGUUUGUCCCAUUCCGAGACUAUGUCGACCGGUCGGGGAACCAGGUGCUGAGCAUGGCCCGACUUGCCAAGGAUGUGCUGGCGGAGAUCCCAGAGCAGCUACUGUCCUAUAUGCGCACCAGGGACAUCCAGCCUCGCCCGCCACCCCCUGCCACCCCCAGCCCGACACCAGCUCCAGAGCAUCCCUGAAUAGCCCAUCUAACCAAUGCCCAGCAGUCUGCCUGCCUGCCCACCCAUUGCUUCUGCUCAAAAUCAGAGGCACCUGGAACCUUGGACCUCACUGGGAGGGCAGCUUGGAGGAUCGGUCUUGGCUGGUCGAGCCCUCUGCCCCAUCACCCACAGAAGGGCCUGGCACUGUCACCACCUCCCUGCCUUCUUGCCAAUAAUAAAGCUGAUCUUUACUCCA